CCUCCGCGGAGCAACAGGGCUCGAGCCGGCGGCAGCGCUGCGAACGGCCGCGCGGCUUCCGCGGUUGCUGGCUGCCGCGUUGCAAAUCGGGCGGUGGGAGCGUGAUAGCAGAGAGCUGCUUUUUCCUCGGGUGGUUUUCCUUUUAUUGUUAUUAUUUUUUUUUUAAUUGUUAUUUUUAUGCUUUUUGUAAGCGUUACCAAAAAAACCGCACAACAAGUGAACGAUGCUGGCAGCUGCUGGCUGAGCUGCUGCCGUUUGGAUGUGACGGGGAGAAACAGCAAGAAGCAACACUCGUCCUCCCAUCAGUGGAAAUAGGCUUGGUACACGGAUUACUUAACGUUGAUUUACAAAUCUGCAGCAGGAGCUGGGCUCGGGAAGCCUAGUGAUCACACUCACCCAUUCAUUCCUUUUCUCUCACACACACACGAACACACUCACCUCCCCCUUUUUUUUUCUUUUUUUUUUUUUCCUUUUGGAACAAGGCUGUUGCUUAUUGCCUUUUUGCAAACGCCUGGGUGAGAAGCUGCGGUUGUGCAGAGUGCCCCCAGCUUCAGCUGCCUCCUUGGCUCGUUCUUGGCGCUCUUGUUGCACAGGGAAGGCAGGGAGAAAAAUAACUCGUCAACCUGUGGUGCCGACUGACCUACCCACCUGCAGGCGUCGGUCAAUUGGCGCAGCCCCCUGCUCAGGACUGCUGUCACCAGAUCCUUACGCUGGCAAGAGCAGCACUGCUAUUUCUCUGCCUAUGAACAGUUAAGUGCUUCUUCUGCAUGACCAUAACCAAAGGGUGACCCAUCCACUCCCUUAUGUCCUAUGGGGACCUCAGAACCAAUUUCUCAGUCUUCAUCUCCUCCUCCUCCUCUUACCACUGCUGCUGACGCCCUGGGUGCUGCUCCCAGGUUUGAAACACUGUUGACAGGCUGAAGAAAGGAUUUGCAAAGACCUCCUCACUGUGUAAAGAGAGUGAUGGCUGGAAUUAGUUUCAACUCCCCAAACAAUGGUAUUAAACAAUAAUAAGAUUGCUAGGCCAAAGCAUUACCAGGAACAAAUUAUGAGGAAAGAGACUAUUUGCAUUUGCUCGCAAUGAUGAACUAAAAUCAUUUAUGGAGAGCAGGUACCCUUUGUUUUGCAUGUUUUUGUCUUCAUGGAUGUAGUCAUGAAUCUGAUCAGAUCAGUGGUAGAUAUGGGAAAUAAAUGAAAAUAAAAGGGCUUAGUGGAUGAAAGAAUAAAGCCUCUGCUGUUCCUUGGUCUAGUUUGAGAGUUUCAUCUUUUCUUAUUAACAAAACAAUAGGGUUUUUUUUUUUCUUUUUUUUUUUUUUUUCCCCUAAAAUGUUUUAGACAGUAAGAAAAUGCAGAUCUGUGGUUACCCAAAAGGUAGAUUCAGCGUUGCAACUAUGUUGCCCCGCUCUGUGUCCAGUGCACUGUCCUCCAAUGCAAAUGGCUUUAUACUUUCUAUGGUGAAAGUUAAGGUUGCACCGUAAAUAAAACAAAAGCUUUUGCACUAAACGACAAAAAAGCUGUUGCAAAAUGGAGGUUGCAAUGGUGAGUGCAGAUAGCUCUGGGUGCAACAGCCAUAUGCCCUAUGGAUAUGCGGUCCAAGCUCGGGCCAGAGAGAGAGAGAGGCUGGCACAAUCAAGAGCUGCAGCAGCUGCAGCUGUAGCAGCAGCAACUGCAGCAGUAGAAGGGGGGGCAACAGGUGGAUGUGGACCGUAUCACCACUAUCACCAGGAACAGAGUCGAGGUGCUUCUUCCUCACACGGUGGGAACGCAUCACGCAGCAGCCUGCCCAACCGCCACAGUGGUAAGAGAUGGAAGAAAGGGAAAAAGAGGAGCCACCACUUGGGAAGCAGGGAGUGUGGAGCCUCCUUCCCCUGUUCUGAGCUGCUUCCUCUCAGUGGUUCUGAAGAGAGAAUACUGAAGGACGUGAGUGAGGAGGAAGAGGAGGAUGAAGAUGAGGAUGAAGACGAUGAGGAAGAAGGAAAACUCUACUACAGUGCCGACUAUGGGGAGGAUGAGUUUUCAUACUCAGACCAGCCACCUGAUGAUGGUGGAGGCCCCGGGGGUUACAGCUCUGUUCGCUACAGUGAGUACGAGUGUUGUGAGCGUGUGGUGAUCAAUGUGUCAGGACUGCGGUUUGAGACACAACUGAAGACAUUGGCUCAGUUCCCGGAGACAUUGUUGGGUGAUCCGGCAAAGCGAGGCAGAUACUUUGACCCUCUCAGAAACGAAUACUUCUUUGAUAGGAACCGUCCCAGCUUUGAUGCCAUACUGUACUACUACCAGAGUGGUGGUCGGCUGAAGAGGCCAGUCAAUGUACCCUUUGACAUCUUCAGUGAGGAGGUGAAAUUCUACCAACUUGGGGAGGAAGCCAUGCUCAAGUUUAGGGAAGAUGAAGGGUUUGUCAAAGAGGAAGAGGACAAAGUUUUGCCGGAGAAUGAGUUUAAGAGGCAGGUCUGGCUACUGUUUGAGUACCCAGAGAGCUCCAGUCCAGCCAGGGGCAUUGCCAUUGUCUCUGUCUUAGUCAUCUUGAUCUCCAUCGUCAUCUUUUGUCUGGAGACUUUGCCGGAGUUCAGAGAUGACAAAGAAUUCAUAAUGUCCCUGAGCUCAGGGAAGGGUCUUUCCAAUGAGUCGCUUCACUUGGACGCUGGGGAGCACACCAUCUUCAAUGACCCUUUUUUCAUUGUAGAGACAGUAUGCAUCAUUUGGUUCUCCUUUGAGUUUACAGUGCGCUGCUUUGCAUGUCCAAGCAAAGCACAUUUCCUCAAGAACAUCAUGAACAUCAUAGACAUUGUCUCCAUCUUGCCUUAUUUCAUUACUCUGGGCACUGACUUGGCGCAGGAGCAAGGCAGUAAUGGUCAACAGGCCAUGUCUUUUGCCAUCCUGAGGAUCAUCCGUCUGGUCAGAGUGUUUCGCAUCUUCAAGCUUUCCAGGCACUCCAAGGGUUUGCAGAUCCUGGGUCACACACUCAGAGCAAGCAUGAGGGAACUCGGCCUCCUCAUUUUUUUCCUUUUUAUUGGAGUAAUUUUGUUUUCCAGUGCUGUUUACUUCGCAGAAGCUGAUGAGCCUGCCACCCAUUUUCAGAGCAUCCCAGAUGCUUUUUGGUGGGCCGUGGUGACCAUGACUACUGUUGGUUAUGGGGACAUGAAACCCAUAACUGUGGGUGGGAAAAUAGUUGGGUCCCUGUGUGCCAUCGCGGGAGUGUUAACCAUUGCUUUACCAGUGCCAGUGAUUGUCUCCAAUUUUAACUAUUUCUACCACAGAGAGACUGAGAAUGAAGAACAAACGCAGCUGAUGCAAAAUGCAGUCAGUUGCCCUUACCUCCCAACGAAUUUACUGAAGAAAUUUAGAAGCUCAUCAUCUUCAUCCACAGAGGAUAAAUCAGAGUAUUUGGAGAUGGAAGAAGGAGUUAAAGAAUCUCUUUGUGUAAAGGAGAAAAAAAGUCAGGACACGGGGAAUAGCAGUGAGUCAGAGAAAAAAAACUGUGUAAAUUCAAAUUCUGUGGAAACUGAUGUGUAAUUUCCAAAUAUAUUUAUUUUAUGUUUCCAAAUAUAUUUAUGCAUUAAAGAGUGCAGUGGAAAUAAUGAAAUAUGCAAAUGAGUCCGCAGCAUACAGUAGUAUGCCAUUUAAUGGUUAAAUACAAAUAAAAAAACAUUGUUAAACUUGUAUAACAUAUCAAGUAAGUGGUAGAACUUGAGGAAGGGGUUGCUAGACCUGAUAUAACUUCAGACUGUGUUUUUUUUUUUUUAGAAUGCAAGUGUUUUGCACAUGAGGCUGAAAAAUUUAUUAAAACCAAGUCAGUUUUAAAGUGAGUGCAUGAACUGUCGACAUCACUAAUAACAGCUCUGUGGUAAAAGUUGGCAUUCAGAGGUAUUUACUAUGUAAGAAGCAAUGAACUUUGGAAGUCAUUUAUCUAUUUAUCAGUGCUUUAAUAGCAGCUACCAUAAAUCAUUGGAUACCAUAGUCUUGUUUUUCAAAUGGUAAAUUUAUUGUAUAAAGGUAUUCUACAGAAGAUAGAUCUAAUUUUUUUUUUUUUCUUGGAAUCUAUAAUGCUUGUUUUUAACUGGAAAUUUACUUUGAGAAGGCUGCUGAACCUCCAGAAAUGAUUUAUUUUUAUAACUCUCUUUGGAGGCGUUGCAGCAUUUGUUGUCUAAUAAUGAAAGUAAUGAAAUAAGAGAAUUGUUUAGCCUGGUCUGACUGCAAAGGCAAAAUGACUGGAAUGCUUUUUUGCACUACUUUAUAUGCUGGAGUUAUAUUGAAAGAGACUUCAUACUGUGAAUGUUUACUAAUGUAAUAGUUCAAUGACAAUCAUUGGAAGAGUGAAUUCUGCAUCAUAUUUUAUUGCCUUUUUUUGUUUUGUUUUGUUUCAUUCUGUUUUUCCUUUAUGUGAUGCUGAUGGCAAAACAGCUUACAUUACAUCAAUUCCGUACUCUUUUAAUUAUGACUAUAUCUGUGAUCUGGAAAAGGAUUGUGAAGUAAAAUUUUAUAAUCAAAAUUAUUUGAAAUUAGUGUUUUCUAGUGAUACUCUCAACUAAUAUGAACUUAAUGUAUGUAUUUUUUCCAGGUUAAUUUAACAUUGAGAGUUGAUGUUUAAUACAUGCACUUUGUCAGUAUCGAAGUAAUUCAGUGUAUGGGAGAAGAGGUAAAAGUAAUAAGAUACUCGGUUGUUACAGAACUAACAAUUCAAAAUUACUAACAAUUAACCUGUUAUUGGUGCUACAUUUUUUCCCUUAAUUCCAGCUUCCAAGUUGGAAGCAAAAUUUAGAAUCCAAAACAGGCAUUUUGGGAUUCAAAAUGAUUGUGUUGGGUCCAAUGUAGUCCUUGGGAAAGCAUUCCAUGAUUUCUUUUCACUGAUUCUUAGACCAGCUGUAUCUUUGUGUCAAAAAUUUCCACUGCCCCUUCUAGGAGAUUAAGGUAGGUAAAGAUUACCUGACUUACAGCACAUUCCAGACACCAGAAUUAAAUAGGUAAGAUAUUCCUGCAUUUAACACAAAUAAUCGAAUUAGAACAGGUGUUUUUUUCAGCAUCAUGAUUACCUAGGGUGGUAAUUGGAGCUGUUUUUGGGAAGGCACUGUGGAACAUUCCCAAUUAUAGAACUUGAACCAGCUUGGCAUAUGCACUUUAAGGACAUUGUGAGAGAAAAGAGUGCUUACAAACACUAUUGAGUUGCAGUAGUUUUCUGAUAUUCCUUUAAAGCUGAGGAGGGAGUUUGCUGGAGAGAACCAGUUAGUGACUUACGGUUCUGGUGCUGAAAAGCAAAAAUAAAACAUGUCCAAAUUGGGUAGCUGUGAUGGUGUGCAUCAUCUACCAGAUAGGCAUUGUUUGCUGUGUGCAGCAUCCAGUGAUACAGAACAGAGCCAUAGCCAAAGGAUUUUACUUACUGAUUGAUUGUUGGCCUUCAUGGAUUUUCUGUGAAUCAUAUUUUGGAAAACUUUAUCUGCUAGUCUCCUAUUGUACUGCAGAAAUCAUAGAAAAAAAAAAAAAAAAAAAAAAAAGGCUCAGAAAAGACUGCAUUGUACUGGGCCCUGAUUUAAAACUUGGAUGUGAACGUCCAAUUCAUAAUUUUAAAUUGUAGAGAAGGCUUCACUCUAUUUCUGAUGUGAGGCUUUAAACAAGGCCUCUUUUUAAUACGAUGGUAUGAAUUUCAAUCAUGUUCUGGAUCAAACACUUCAGUCGUUUCAUGUACAGGUGUUUGUCAGUAUUAAAUAUUGCAUUUAUUUCAUGGCUCACCUGGGUAAAUGAACUAAAUGCUUUUUUUCCAAUGAGGGCAACAUCAGCGACAAGGGUGAGCGCUCUGUGAAGUCCAGCAAACAUCUAUGAGUGAGAGUGUUUCUUCAACAGCUUUAACUGUUAAUAAGGUAAAGAACAUAAGGGUUCAAUUAUGCUAGUUUGCUAGUAUUUCUGUGUAGUACCAGCAACCAGAGAAGGACCAUAGCAAGAAUGCAGAAAUAAAGGAAAUAAUAACUAGGCAAAUAAAGAACUUAGAAAAAUAAUUAGUAUGUAUUUGCAGUAUUGAUGGGCUGAAAGAUGGUUAAUAAGAGGGUUUAUGUCUAAUAGAAAUAAGAAAGAAAGCUUUUUGAAUAACUCCUAGAAUAUGUUCACUCAGAGGAGGUGGAGCUCAGCAUGAGGUAUCUGCGUGAGUAGUUACCCAGCUUCUCCAGCAAAUCGUGCAGGUAUUGUGCUACCAGUACAAAAUCUUGUAAUUUAAAACAAGCAUGGUGUGGCCUGCAUUAUGCUAUGAUCACAGCAAUACCUUAAUCUCUGAAAGAAAAUUCUUGCUGGAGGAUGUUUUAGCAGAGCAGCAUUCUGGGUGUGUCAGCACUGCGUACUGCGGUACUGUGGAGACCGGUCCUAAUACCAGUGGAGCCUGCUCUGCCUCCUGCAGUGUAUGAGCCUCUGUACUUGUAACUGUCAUUAUAAAUAAGAGCUAGCAUUGCCUAAGAUUAGAUUGUACUAUCAGUUUGGCAGACCAUUCUGAAUCACAGAAAGGACUGUGCAUUUCAGAAUGGAAGCAAAUGCUUCACUUGGGCUGGCUUUUAGUUUGAUUAUUCGUCUGUUCAUUAGUCUACGUUCUUGAAACACAGCUUGAAAAAGCCAAAGUCCUACCCCUACCGUGCUAAAACCCAAAGAUCCCAAGUGCUUAACAAGAAACCAAAAUUUCCCUUGAGGAUCACUUAGAUGGAAAUUUGUGCCAGAGAAACCCUGUGUUUGAGCUGUUUCUGCUCCAGAAUGCAAUUGCUCCUUGCCCGAGUUUUUACAGUGAUACUGGAUACCAACAACUAUCAGAAAAAUAAUUUUGUAAUCACUUGGGCAUUUUGCAUUUUAAAUUAUAGUGGUGAAAUGCAUUCCUGAUGUAACUGACGUGAAUGGAGUUACACUAGGGAACAUUUUAGUUCUGAUAAUGUAGUUCAAAUGAUUUCACGUUGACAUACAUUUUAGCUAAAAAUAAUGCAAAAUGAGAUUCUGAUAUUUUAUGCUCACUUGCAGCGGUGAAAAAAUUUGGAGGAGGCUCCACUGGAGUUCAUGAAAUCACAGCAGCAUCCAAUCAGAUUUCUGAUACUGAUACUUAAUUAUCUACUGGCCCUUAAUUAAAAAAAAAAAUAUAUAUAUAUAUAUGUAUCUACAUAAAUCU